GUAAAAUGUACCAUCCUUCUAUGUCCUUUCCGUGUUCUUGACUUUAUUUCCCUUUCAUGGGGACCGAGUCAUUUUCUCUCUCUUUCUCCAUUUUACACAAUUUUUGUAUAUUUUGUUGUAUAUAUAUAGUAAUGUAUAGCUGUGAUGGCUAUUUUUUAUCCGUGUAGUUAUUGUAGUCGAAGCCAAAAAAGCGUUGACGAGAGAAAAACGUCGGUGGGAUUAUGGAGGAGAAGCCGCCGGAGCUGAUCGGAGUAUGGAAGAGGGUGGUGGUGGUUGGCGGCGGCGUAGCCGGCUCCCUCAUUGCUAAGUCUCUUCAGUUUCACGCUGAUGUCACCCUCAUUGACCCGAAAGACUACUUUGAGAUUCCGUGGGCUAGCUCAAGAUCGAUUGUGGAGCCAUCUUUUGCUGAAAGAUCCAUUAUUUACCACAAAGAUUACCUCACAAACGGUCGUCUUGUUGUGUCCAAGGCCAUAAACGUCUCGAGUUCUCAAGUAUUGACCUCAGAUGGUCGUCAGAUAAUUUACGAUUAUCUCGUUAUUGCCACUGGUCACAAUGAUACAUUCCCCAAGACUAAACCCGAAAGACUCAAAGAAUACCGAGCAGAACAUGAUGAGAUAAAAUCCGCUAAUUCAAUCUUGAUCGUUGGUGGGGGUCCCACCGGUGUCGAACUAGCGGCUGAGAUUGCAACCGAUUUUCCACACAUAAAAAUCACUCUAGUUCACGAGGGUUCUAGAUUGCUCGAGUUUAUAGGUCCGAAAGCGGCCGAAAAGACAUUAGAAUGGCUUCGAUCGAAGAAAGUUGAAGUCAAAUUGAGACAGACAGUUGAUCUCAACAAUUACUCGGAAGGAACAAAAUCGUACUUGACUUCAUCUGGCGAAACUAUAAAAGCCGAUCGUCUUUUCGUGUGCACGGGAAAACCAGUGGGGUCCGCGUGGCUUAAGGAUACAUUUUUGAAGGAAAGCAUAGAUUUUUUGGGAAGGUUGAAGGUCGAUGAGAAUAUGAGAGUUAAGGGUUAUAAAAAUGUUUUCGCUGUUGGAGACAUUGCGGAUGUUAAGGAAAUUAAGCAGGGGUACUCUGCUCAAAAACAUGCUUUGAUUGCUGCGAAAAACCUGAAACUGUUGCUGAGUGGAGGGAAGGAAAAUAAAAUGGUGAGUUAUAAGCCGCGUUCGUUAAAAGUGAUUGUUUCUUUGGGGAGACAAGAUGCCGUGGCUCAGUUCCGAUUGACAACGUUAAUCGGAUUAGUUCCUGGUUUGAUAAAAUCCAAGGAUUUAUUCGUGGGGAAAACGAGGAAGCAGUUGGGGCUCGAUCCACGCCCACACAACGUGUUGCUCGUCGGCCAAGACGCCAAGCUGGCGGAUCUCGGGAGCUGCUGCAAGACGAGCUUCAACGAAAAUAAUAGUUGUGAUGAUUUCAGGGGCACGGUUAUGUAUGCGGCCCCAGAGUCGAUAGCCCAGCAGAAGUAUGGGCCGGAGUCGGAUGUUUGGGCCUUGGGCUGCUUGGUUCUACACAUGCUCACCGGAAAACCACCGUGGGCUUUCGACAGCAAGGCCCAGUCAAAGGAUGUUCUCUUCAAGAUUGGGUGCAGUGACCAGAUUCCCCAGAUUCCAACAAACAACAGAAUAAUAUCCAAAGAGGCUAAAGACUAA